CCUGGCGGAGACACCGCACCUGCAGGGAGGGGCCUCCCAGAAACUGCCUUCCCUGACCGCCGCCCCACCUCUCCAGAGCCCGCCUGGCGCCCCGCGAGGACGCGCGUCGCCUUCCCGCCCUCCUCCCAGGAGUGCCAGCCUGAGCCGGCACCUGCUUCACCACCAUGUUCAAGGGGCUGAGCAAAGGCUCCCAGGGGAAGGGGUCCCCCAAGGGCUCCCCAGCCAAGGGGUCACCCAAGGGGUCCCCCAACAAACACAGUCGGGCUGCAACCCAGGAACUGGCCCUGCUCAUCUCUCGCAUGCAAGCCAACGCUGACCAGGUGGAGAGGGACAUUUUGGAGACUCAAAAGAGGCUGCAGCAAGACCGGCAGAACAGCGAGCAGAACCAGGCCUUGCAGCACCAGCAGGAAACUGGCCGCAGCCUGAAGGAGGCUGAGGUGCUGCUCAAAGAUCUCUUCCUGGAUGUGGACAAGGCUCGUCGGCUCAAGCACCCACAGGCUGAGGAGAUUGAGAAAGACAUCAAGCAGCUGCACGAGCGGGUGACCCAGGAGUGUGCAGAGUACCGAGCCCUGUAUGAGAAGAUGGUGCUGCCGCCGGAUGUGGGACCUAGGGUGGACUGGGCGCGUGUGUUGGAGCAGAAACAGAAGCUGGUCUGUGAGGGCCAGUACGGGCCUGGGAUGGCAGAGCUGGAACAGCAGGUGGCUGAGCACAACAUCCUGCAGAGGGAAAUCGAGGCUUAUGGGCAACAGCUGCGGAUCCUGGUGGGACCGGAUGCAGCCACCAUCAGGAACCAAUACCGCGACCUACUGAAGGCAGCCUCGUGGCGCCGGCAGAGUCUGGGCAGCUUGUACACACACCUGCAGGGCUGCACGCGGCAGCUGAGCGCCCUGGCAGAUCAGCAAGGCCGCAUCCUGCAGCAGGAUUGGAGUGACCUCAUGCCUGACCCUUCCGGUGUGAGGCGAGAGUAUGAGCACUUCAAGCAGCAUGAACUGCUGGCCCAGGAGCACAGUAUAAACCAGCUGGAGGAUGACUCAGAGCGCAUGCUGGAGCUGGGGCACCCGGCCGUUGGGCCCAUCCAGGUCCACCAGGAGGCCCUCAAGAUGGAGUGGCAGAAUUUCCUCAACCUCUGCAUCUGCCAGGAGAGCCAGCUGCAGCAGGUGGAGGACUACCGCAAGUUCCAGGAAGAGGCGGACUCAGUCAGCCAGACCCUGGCAAAGCUCAACUCCAACCUGGACACCAAGUCCGGCCUUGGCGCUGGGAACUCCUCCUGCUCCCCCACGGAACUUCUGCUGCAGCUGGAGGCGGAGGAGAAGCAGCUGGCCCUAGCAGAGAGAUCCGUUGGGGAGCUACAGCGGCGUAGCCAGGAGGUGGCCCCCCUGCCUCAGCGCAGGAACCGGCCCAAGCAGCCCCUUCGAGUGAACAGCAUCUGUGACUGGGACUCAGGAGAAGUACAGCUGCUUCGGGGAGAGCAGUACACGCUCAAGGACAAUGCUGACCCAUACACAUGGGUGAUUCAGGGUCCCGGGGGAGAGACCAAGAGUGCCCCAGCUGCCUGCCUCUGCAUCCCAGCUCCAGACCCUGAAGCUGUAGCCAAAGCCUCCAGGCUGGCCAUGGAGCUGCAGACCCUGAAGCAGAAACUGGCUACAGAGAAGAGCCGCCUUAAAGCUGCCGUGGCAGAGCCCUUACAACCUGGCCAGCAGGCAGGCUCAGCCUCAGAUGACCCACAGGCCCAGAAGCUCCUGACACAGAUGACCCAGCUGGCUGGAGAUCUGGGACAGAUGGAGAGGCAGGUACUGACCUGGGCUCGGACACCCCUGAACCGCUGUGCUCCACUGAAGGAUUUAGAGGACCGUAUCCACAGCCAUGAGGGCACAGCACAACGCCUUCAGAGCCUGGGAGCCGAGAAGGAGGCAUCCCAACAGGAGUGUGAGACCUUUCUGUCUACUCAGCCUGUGGGCCCAGCUGCCCUGCAGCUGCCCGUGGUCCUCAACAGCGUCAAAAAUAAGUAUAAUGACGUGCGGAGCCUGUGCCACCUCUACGGGGAGAAAGCCAAGGCUGCCCUGGGCCUGGAGCAGCAGAUCCAGGAGGCAGACAGGGUCAUCCAAGGCUUUGAGGUCACCCUGGCACAGGAGGGUCCCAUCCCUGAAGGCUCUGGGGCACUGCAGGAAAGGGUCGGCGAACUGCAGCGCCAGCGGAAAGAGCUCCUCCAGCAGCAGGCCUGCGUGCUGGGGCUGCACCGGCAGCUGAAGGCCGCUGAGCAUGCGUGCGGUGCGCUGCAGAACAACUUCCAAGAGUUCUGCCAAGACCUGCCGCGCCAGCAGCGCCAGGUGCGCGCCCUCACCGACCGCUACCACACCGUGGGGGACCAGCUGGAUUUGAGGGAGAAGAUGCUACAAGACGCCAGCCUCACCUACCAGCAGUUCAAGAACGGCAGGGACAACCUGAGCUCCUGGCUGGAGCAGCUGCCCCACCACCAGGUGCAGCCCAGCGAUGGGCCCAGCCAGGUUGCCUACAAGCUACAAGCACAGAAGAGGCUGAUGCAAGAAAUCCUGGGCCAUGGGCAGGACCAGGCCACAGUGUCCCGCCUCACCCAGGACCUGCAGGGAGCGCUCCAGGAUUAUGAGCUGCAGGUGGAUACCUACCGCUGCUCCCUGGAGCCCACCCUGGCAGUGUCAGCCCCUAAGAGACUCCGAGUGGUUUCCCUGCUGGAGAGCAUCCAGGCUCAGGAGAAGAACCUUGCCAAGGCCUACACGGAGGUCACUGCAGCCGAGCAGCAGCAGCUGCGCCAGCUGGAGUUUGCUAAAAAGAUGCUGGAGAAGAAGGAGCUUAACGAAGACAUCCAAGCCAUCCACAGCACAACCCAGGGAUCUGGGAGGCCGGCCCACAUAGGGCCGGAGGAGUCUGAGGUCCUGAAGACGCAGCUAGGGGAAGAGAGGAAGCGGGUGGCUGAGGUGCAGCGGGAGCUGGAGGAGCAGAGGCGGCAGCUGCUGCAGCUGAGGACCCAGGAGCCCGUGGCGAGGCUGGAGGAGAGGGAAGUGGUGCAGUUCUACCGGGACCCCCAGCUGGAACGAGGCGUGCGUCAGGUGUCGUCCCAGGUGGAGGAGGAGGGCAAGAGGCGUGCCCGCCUACAGGCCGAGCUAGAGAUGGUGGCCCAGAAGGUCAGCCACCUGGAGGGCAAGAGGAAAACCGUGCAGCCUCACCUGCUGACCAAAGAGGUCACCCAGAUUGAGAGGGACCCUGGCCUGGAGAGCCAGGCCACCCAGCUGCGCAAUGAGCUGCAGCGGCUGCACGGGGAGAACAGUGGCCUCGCCGGCCGGCUGGAGAAACUAAAGGAAGAACUGCUGGCCCUGGAGCGGAAGGAGGUGAACGUGAAGGAGAAGGUUGUGGUGAAGGAGGUGGUCAAGGUGGAGAAGGAUCUGGAAAUGGUGAAGGCGGCCCAGACUCUUCGCCUACAGAUCGAGGAAGACGCUGCACGGAGGAAGGGGGCAAAGGAGGCAGCCGCCAAGAUACAGGCUCGCAUCAAAGACCUGGAGCGGAUGAUCAGCUCCGUGGAGCCCAAGGUCAUUGUGAAGGAGGUGAGGAGGGUGGAGCAGGACCCUGGCCUACUCAAGGAAGCCUCCCGGCUGAGAAGCCUCCUGGAGGAGGAGAAGAACAGGAACGUCACCUUGGCCAGGGAACUGCAGGACCUUCAGGACAAGUACAGGGUGGUGGAGAAGCAGAAGCCCAAGGUGCAGCUGCAGGAGAGCGUGCACGAGGUCUUCCAGGUGCACCCCGAGACGGAGCGCGAGAUUGCUCGGCUCCAGGCCCAGCUGCGGGAGAUGGGCAGCCGGAGGGGCGGCGUGGAACAGGAGGUGGAGAAGCUGCUGGCCGAGCUGGAGGUCCUGCGGGCCCAGAAGCCGGUGGUGGAGUACAAGGAAGUGACCCAGGAGGUGGUGAGGCACGAGCAGAGCCCCGAGGUGCUCCGGGAGACCGACCGGCUCAAGGCUCAGCUCAACGAGCUGGUCAACACCAGCGGGCGCUGUCAGGAGCAGCUCAUCCGGCUGCAGGGGGAACGUGAUGAGUGGAGGCGGGAAAGGGCCAAGGUGGAGACCAAGACGGUGAGCAAGGAAGUGGUGAGGCACGAAAAGGAUCCGGUGCUGGAGAAGGAGGCGGAGCGGCUCCGGCAGGAGGUGCGGGAGGCUGUCCAGAGGAGGAGAGCGGCCGAGGACGCUGUCUUUGAGCUGCGGAACAGGUACCUGCUGCUGGAGAGGAGGCGUCCCGAGGAGCAGAUUGUGGUGCAGGAGGUCGUGGUCACCCAGAAGGACCCAAAGCUGCGUGAGGAGCACAGCCGGCUGAGCCGGAGCUUGGACGAGGAGGUGGGGCGGCGGCGGCAGCUGGAGCUGGAGGUGCGGCAGCUGAGCGCCGGCGUGGAGGAGCAGGAGGCCACGCUCAGCUUCGAGGAGGACCGCAGCAGGAAGCUGGCUGCCGAGAGGGAGCUCCGGCAGCUGACUCUGAAGAUCCAGGAGCUGGAGAAGCGGCCCCCUGCCCUGCAGGAGAAGAUCAUCUUGGAGGAAGUGGUCAAGUUGGAGAAGGAUCCGGACCUGGAGAGGUCUACGGAAGCCCUGAGGCGAGAGCUGGACCAGGAGAAGGGCCGGGUGAUGGAGCUGCACCAGGAGUGCCAGGGCCUGCAGGUCCAGCUCGACCUCCUUCAGGAGGCCAAGUCGCAGGAGAAGACCAUCUACAAGGAGGUGAUCAGGGUGGAGAAGGACCCCGUCCUGGAGGGCGAGAGGGCCCGAGCGUGGGAGACCCUGAGUCGGGAGCGGGCGGCCCGCCAGGCCCGGGAGGAGGAGGUCCGGAGCUUGUGGGAGCGGAUUGACCGGGCUGAGGCUCUGAGGAGGUCCUGGGCCCGUGAGGAAGCUGAGCUCCAGAAGGCCCGGGACCAGGCAAGCCAGGACGUCAGCCGGGUGCAGCAAGAGCUCCGAGGGCUGGAGCGGCAGAAGCAGCAGAGAGCCCAGCAGCUCCAGGAGGAGGGCAGGCUGCUCAGCCGGAAGACAGAGGACGAGCGCCAGAAGGCAGCCCAGCGCGGCCAGGCCGUCUCGCAGCUGGAGGCGGCCAUUCUCCACGAGAAGGACAAGAUCUACGAGAAGGAGAGGACCCUCAGGGACCUGCACACCAGGGUGAGCCGGGAGGAGCUCAGCCAGGAAACCCAGACUCGGGAGACCAACCUUUCCACCAAGAUCUGCAUCCUGGAGCCGGAGACUGGGAACGACAUGUCUCCCUACGAGGCCUACAAGAGGGGGGUCAUUGAGAGGGACCAGUACCUCAAGCUGCAAGCACUCGAGUGUGACUGGGAGGAGAUCACCACCUCGGGCCCCUGCGGGGAGGAGUCGGUGCUCCUGGACCGCAAGAGCGGGAAGCAGUACUCCAUAGAGGCCGCCCUCCGCUGCCUCCGCAUCUCCAAGGAGGAGUACCACAGGUACAAGGACGGCCGGCUCCCCAUCUCCGAGUUUGCGCUGCUCGUUGCCGGGGAGACCAAGCCCAGUGCCUCACUCUCCAUCGGGUCCAUCAUCUCCAAGUCCCCACACUGCUCCCCAGGCCCCCAGAGUGGCGGGUUCUGCCCCCCGGCCUUCUCCUUUGGGCCCACCGACGACUGCUUCCCCAUCGCCGGGGUUUACGACACAAGCACCGGCAGCAAGUGCAGCGUCAAGGCGGCUGUGGCCAAGAGUAUGCUGGACCCCAUCACUGGGCAGAAGCUGUUGGAGGCCCAGGCGGCCACCGGGGGCAUUGUGGACCUCCUCAGCCGGGAGCGGUACUCCGUGCACAAGGCGCUGGAGCGGGGGCUCGUGGAGGACACCUCCACGCAGCGGCUGCUCAAUGCCCAGAAGGCCUUCACCGGCAUCGAGGACCCGGUCAGCAAGAAGAGGCUGUCGGUGGGCGAGGCCGUCCAGAAGGGCUGGAUGCCCCAGGAGAGCGUGCUUCCCCACCUGCUGGCACAGCACCUGACCGGCGGCCUCAUCGACCCCAAGAGGACGGGGCGCACCCCGGUCCCUCAGGCCGUGCUCUGCGGCAUGAUCAGCGCAGACCUGGGCCGGCUCCUGCAAGAUGAGUCCGGCUACGAGAGGGAUCUGACAGACCCCAUCACCAAGGAGCGGCUGAGCUACAAGGAGGCCAUGGCGCGCUGCCGCAGGGACCCCCUGAGCGGCCUGCUGCUCCUGCCAGCCGCGCUGGAAGGCUACCGCUGCUACCGCGCGGCCUCCCCGACCCUGCCGCGCUCCUGCGUGCGUUGACGGGGCACGGCCGAGGGGCCGGGAGGAGGCCUGCACGCCUCGCCCUGGAGCGGCGUAAUUCCAGGCCGUGGGUCCUCCCUCUGUCCAUCCAUCCCUUACUACUCAAUCGUUUGUGGUGUUGGGCUCUGUCCCCAAGCUUGAGGCGCUCCAUUGUUCCUCCCUCCCCCCACCCCACGCUUCUAAUAAAUGAAUUAUCUUGG